AUGAAAGCAUCAAAAUACUAAAUUGAAAAUAGAGAUUAUAAUAUCAUCACCUGCGUAGAUUUUAAUAAAUAACAAUAAUCCUUACCACCAUUAAGAAAAUUGGGUUAAUCAUAAGAUCAUCCUUUUCCAAGAAAAGCAAAAUUCGAGUUAGCUUAAGAAUAAGUAUAAAUGCAACAGACAUAAUCCUUCAAAGUUAACAAUUCUCAAUAAGAAAUUAAGUAAGUAUAACCAGGAUCGAUGAUGAAUGUACCAUCAGUCAAAUUUGAUUUUAUUUCUUUUACUCAGGGAAAAUAAUAACCAUUUCAUGAUCUAAAGUAGGAAUUGAAAAUCUUACACAAGAAAAAAGUAUCAUUAUGCAUUGAUAACAAAGGGUGGAAUGGGUGAAAUAGCUGAUUUAGGUGGUUUGUGUUAUCCAAACUUCAAUAGGGAAUAUUAAGAUAAAUUUAAGGAAAAUUAAACUAUAUUUAGAAAACAAAAAGGAGAUUAUCCUGCAGUAACAGAUCCCAAAUUCUCGUAUGGACCUUUUAUGAAACCUUUUAAAAAGUACAAGUUUUGA